AACAGCAUUGUGUAUUAAAUUAAUUACAUAGAAUUACUCCACUUUUAUAACAUUGCAUCUUGCUACCUACCAUUACUUCAUAGUGAUCAAUUACUGAAAGAUGAUUUGUUCAAAGAUACAAUUUAAACUGAAUCACUGGCCGAUAUUAACAUUUUCUUGGUUUGUACUAACUUUCAUAGUAAGCUAUGUUUGGGCUUUGUGUAAUGACCACAUAUAUCCUUUGUUUCCCUACAUUAGCGAUACUGGAGCUUUGUCACCUGAAAGCUGUAUGUUUGGGCAAAUGAUGAACAUUGGAGCUGUUAUGAUAACGGUGUGCCAUUACACUCGAUACCGCCAAAUAAGAUUCCUCAAUGAUGUGGAAAAUUCUACGUUUGUGCACAAACUGAACAAAUGUGGAUUGUAUGUCGGCGCAGUUGGUUGCUUAGGAAUAAGUAUGGUUGGCAACUUUCAAGAAUCCCAGUUCCUUACAUUGCAUCUGGUGGGUGCUGUUAUGGUAUUCUGUUGUGGUUCCUUGGUUUUGUGUAUACAGACGGCCAUAACAUUUAAGUUACGAUCUGCCUAUAUAAAAUAUCCAGAAUUUGGCAUAAGCAACAAAGUCAUAUAUUUUAGAGUAUUUCUUACAGUUUGGAUUCACGUCCUGCAGACAUCCACGGUGGUAUUUUCUAUACUUGCAUUUUUACUGUACAACAACACCGCAGAGAUGUCCUUUGCGAAGUACCUACAUUGGUCUGAAGAAGAUGGAGGAUAUUACUUUCGUUUGGUUGCAACUUUUUCAGAAUACGGUGUCGUAUUGGCAUAUCUUAGUUACUUAUUGACUAUGGGAAGAGAAUUUAAAGCAUUAGAGUUUAAAGAAAUUCAUUUUAAGAGUAAGUAUUUAAAUGAAACCGCAAACCAGGAAAAUAAAAUAGUAUUGUAAAAUAAUGUAUGAUUUUAACUACAAUAUUAUAUUAUUAUAACCGUC